UUCAUGCCAUCUGCAAAAAAGCACAAAAAAACUCUGCAAAAUCCUGUACGGACUGACUAAGCCACCAUGUCCCCCGAACAGAGAUUAUCACUAUUCCAAAUUUAAGCUCACACUGUUGUGUAGUGCACUUUAUGUAGUCUUGCGUACUGUUCUGUGUUGCACUAUGGUCCUGAAGAAACGACAUUUCAUUCUGAAGUAUACCAGCUACAUAAGGGAACGCCAAUACAAACCACUUAGGGAACGAAUGUGGUUAGAAAUCCUAGUUGACUGGCCCAAUAAAGCAUUUCAAUCGAUUUUUAUGCUCCUGAAGCACAUCUGCAUGACAUUACUUAAGAACUACAUGUGGUUUGAGGGAUAUAUUUAUGGAAUAUGGACAUUCAUUCCUUCAACUUCAGUAACCGCUUUAUCCUGGUCAGGGUCACGGUGGAUCAGGAGCCCAUAUCCCAGGAACACUGGGUGUGAGAUGGGAAUACGCCCUCAAUGGGACACUACAGAAUCUGAUCUGACAUUUGAAGUGAGUGGAAUAUUACGCUUUUUUUUAAGUUAAUUUUUUUUUAUUAUUUUUUUUUUUUUUUUUGUAGAAGCAUUCCUUCAAAAUUCCCUUUGAGGUGUAAAAUACGGGAAAAAAUUAUGACUGAGUUGUAUGUUGUUUUUAUCUUAAGUUUGCUAACAGGUUGCAAUUUGUUGCGAUUACAUAAUGAAAAGAGGUAAUGAAAACGGCAUGAGGAACAGAGAUCAGGUUAGCGCCUCCUGCCCUGACUGUCUCCAUGGUAAUAGUGUGACACAAGGCACAAGAGCUGAGAAGUGCUGCGUAGCCUACACUGUUUACUGUGAUAAACUAAAGCUAAACUAAAGCAGAAGUAUGCCGAAGAAAAAAGCGAAGAAGGGAGGAAAGAAGGGAAAAGGAAAAGUAAAGAAGGAAAGCAAAUCGAAUUGCAUUAUGGAUAAGGAAUGUGAUACUGAGAGAGCUAAAGCUAACGCGGCUCUGUGGGAGGCCCGGCUCGAGCUAACGGAAAACUCGCGGGUGGAAUAUCGCGAAGCUGCUCGCAGACUGGCCCGAGCAAACGAAGAGCUCACAAACCAGCAGUACAAAGCCGAGAAGACCACUGCUGACAUCGUGGCUUUUCUGAAAAACAAAGAACUCGAGAAAGAAGCACAGAUUGCUGCACUGGAAGAACAACUGAAAGAUGAGAAAUCAAAAGCCCUACAGGACAAAGAGUUUUUAGUUGCGGAGUAUACGGUGAAGAUUAAUGAGCUGGAAGAGAAGUUUAAGAAGAGAUCCAGAGAUUUUUCCAUGAUUCAGGGGGAACUCAAGACCAUCAAGGAGUUUCGCAAAAAGAAAGCUCAGAUGGAACAAGAGUUGAUCACUAUGAAAGAAAGCAUGUACGUUGCUGACCGUGAACACAAGGAGAGUCUUGCAAGAAUGGAGCAUAAAUUUUUCAUUGAAAAGGUCUGUUUAGAAAAGGAAGCGGAGCAGAGAAUUGCCCAGCUAGCAGAGAAAGCCCACAAUGAGGCAAUUAUGCAGCUGGAUAAUGUGUCCCGCUCAGUGUUUAAGGAAAAUGUGCGUUUGAGUGAGGCACUUGGAUAUCACUUGAAAGAGGCGGAAGAGCUGAAAAGGAGCAAUAAGGCCCUGAAAGAGGAGAAUGCUUCUCUCUUCCUGGAUAAGGAGACCAGCAAACUAAUGAUGACAGACAAUGUGGCUCAGCUUGCAGCCCAGCGGAGCGAGAUUUCUGAGCUAAGGGCCAAAGUAGCUACCUUGGAGCAGGAGCUGGCCCUCAUGAUAAACGCGUGUGACCAGGAGAAGGUGGCCAUGCAGGAGCGAGCUGUAGUUCGUGCUCAAGCUGGCAGGGUGGAGCUGGAGAAGCUGCAGAAACUGCUGGCCAUGCGUGAACGUGAGAUGAGCCGAGUGAAGCGGCUUGCACAAAGCAUUGUGGAACAGCGCACCCAGCUUGAGCUCUUCUUCCAUGAGGCGCUAGCUCAAGUUAAGCAGGAGAUCAUAGCCAGCCAGAUCCAAUACAGACAGGAAGCAAUGGAGGCUUAUAGGAGACGGAUGAGUGAAGCACGAUCAGGGAGGAAGGAGUACCCUCACAUACGUACCUUUAACAAAGCUCCACACAGCACCAACAAUGUUUAUACUGAUCUGGAAGAGGCUGAAAGUUGGAACAACCUGCAGAGCUCAAAAGUGGACAUUUCUGACCUGACCUGGGAGCAGAAGGAGCGAGUGCUGCGGCUGCUCUUUGCUCAAAUGAAUGGUCUGAAAACAAGGAGAGCAAUGCAGCUUCCACCUCUGUCACCAUCCUCUGAGAAGGACCAGAAUGACAGCAAACCUGAAGCAAGAGAAGAAUCUCCCAUGACCUUUGUAACCCAGGCGUCCGUGUCCAACACGACUUCUAACUCCAGUGGCCUGCAUUAA